AUGCUCUUCGAGCACAUGUCUGGUGUUUCGCCUGCCCCUGCACCGUCUGGUGCAACUGCCUCGGCUGAGGUGGAAGUCUGCGAGGACGUUGUCUCACUUCCCCCACCAUCUCUGAGGACUGUCUCACCCAUGGCUGUCUCCCUGGCAGCCCCCAUCCCUCCUUCGCUGCCUAUGGCAGUGAUACCAGCUGGCGUGGAUUCCACACCAAUUAUCUCAUCACGGACCACCAAGUCCAUCCAGGGAGGUGCUCUUGCACCUCCCUCCAGCAUCGUCCAUAUGGACGAUAAUCCGUCUGGCGCUUCGGCGCCCCCUCCUGCAGUUGUCCCAAUGGACGAUGCCCCCACCGCCCUGGUUGUUCUCUCAAACAACCUCACACCUAGUGGUGCCAUUCCCUCAAACAGCACAGAUCUUACUGCCGUUGUUCUGUCGAACAACCCCCCAUCCUCGCACACCGGAUGGGGUGAACCUUCUGGCACCCCGCUCAUUGCCUGGGGUACUUUGUCCGGAAGGGACUCCUCUGCUGGCUGGAGUGACCCCGCCGAUCCACCAGAGUCAGCGCUCGUCCCAAGGGACGAGGAUGAAGAAGAAUUCGUCAAUGAUGAUGAAGAUCCUUACCUUGUCCCAUACGGGGUACCCCUCCACCCAAAGGAGGAUUGCGGCACGUCUUACGGACAUGAUGCACAAGGCUUCCUGAGGCCCCAAACACCCGAGUAUGCCCGGGGAUCUACUGAUCCCUUCUACCGAGACGCUUGUGCCCACACCUCUGAGCCCUUUGCUCUCCUCGUGGGAAACCCUCACGCCAACUCAUGGUUGGCUCUUCGUUCCACUGAGCAGCUCGCUGACAAGCUGCUCCUCAAUUGCCUGCAUCGAUGGACUGCAGAAGAGACUCGUGAUUGUCUCGCACUGGACUGCAGAGACCGCUCCGAUGAGUUGUUCUGCCUCCAUUGCAAACAUAUCGAUCAAGUUGAAGGACUUGAAGAUGCUCUUCAAAAGAGCAAAGAAGACCUCAUGCAUUCCCUCGAGGAAAACGCAAGAUUGUCAUCCACUCUGGAUGACACUAGGCAGCUCUGUUCGACUGCCAUGAAGAUGGUCUCCGAUGCCCAGCAAUUGGCAUCGUAG